CGGGGCGUCGAUUUUGCGCACUUGGAAGUCGAUUGUGAGCCACACUCGAAUUACCAUCAUAUUAAUAUGGCGUUAGUAAAAUUUUCCGGAAAAGCUGAAAAAAGUCUUUGAAACAUACCAACCAACAGCACUCCUAUUCCAAAAUGGUAGUCCAUUAAAACAUACUCACCCAUACAAUAAUUCAUCUAGUUUUCGUUACUUCUUUUCCAAAACAACAAAAUUAUGUUGAAUCCAUAUUCUCCUGAAUUGAUAUGGCUUGUCGUAUUGGGUUUUAUCAUUGCUUUUAUUUUAGCAUUCGGAAUUGGUGCAAACGACGUCGCAAAUUCUUUCGGUACUAGUGUUGGAUCGAAAGUACUGACAAUAUUCCAGGCCUGCUGUUUGGCAACUGUUUUUGAAAUAUCCGGAGCAAUUUUAAUUGGCUACAAAGUUUCCGAUACAAUGCGUAAGGGAAUCCUGGACAUCGACGUAUACAAAGACUCAGAAGUGGAAUUGAUGCUCGGUUCCAUAAGCGCUUUGGCUGCCAGCGCCACCUGGUUGCUGGUCGCCACGUUUUUCAAGCUACCGAUUUCGGGAACACACAGUAUAGUCGGAGCCACGGUGGGGUACAGCUUGGUGAUGCGCGGGACAGAAGGGGUCCAUUGGAAAACCCUGGGGAAAAUCGUGGGUUCCUGGUUCAUCAGUCCCAUGCUGAGCGGCGCCACUUCCUGCUGCAUACUCUGGAUCAUAAAGAAGGGCGUUCUCAGCAGGCCUGAUCCGUUAGAGGCCGGUCUGAUUUCGUUGCCUAUUUUCUACAGCUUCACGAUUCUCAUCAAUGUUUUUUCCAUCAUCCAUGACGGACCGAAAUUGCUGAAUAUGGACAAUAUCCCAUUAUGGAUGGCUGCCACCAUCAGUAUUAGUAUAGCGCUGUUUUUUAUGGUUAUUAUAUGGUUGUUUGUGGUGCCGUGGCAGAGGAAGAUUAUCAAGGAACAGACAAUAGCCGACAAACUUCCAGUCAAUUUCAACAUAGGCGAAUCAGCAGAUACGUCACCUGAGGGAAGCCCUAAUCGCAAAUCAAACCGCAACUCAGCUCUAUUGGAACGUCAAUUAACGGUCAUCUCGGAGAGCACGGAACUCCAAUCUCUCGAUCAGAACCGAAUCACGGCCGCAAAGUACAUUUUCCCGGUACAAACCAAAGACAAACGCAUUCCCGCCACCAGAGAGACUGAUGUCGGUCGCAAGCACGUGAGACCAUCGGAGCUGAAACUCGUCGAUAGUACGGCCGACAUAAACCCCGCGCUGUCUCCGAGCUCUAGCGGAGUGCCGCUCAUCAUGAAUAAGAGUUUCAACAACCGCAGCGAACAAGGUCAUGGCGAUUUCGUUGCCCGCUUGGAAAAUAAUCCUGAUUUAGAUGUGGAAAAUAAAAGCGUAUCGAAGCUUUUUAGUUUCUUGCAAGCCCUGACCGCCAUGUUUGGAAGUUUUGCUCAUGGCGGAAAUGACGUCAGUAAUGCUAUCGGACCCCUCAUCACCUUGUGGCUCAUUUAUUCUGAAGGAACCGUUCAGCAGAAGGCCGAAACCCCCCUAUUUAUUUUGUUAUACGGGGGGCUCGGCAUUUCCGUAGGACUGUGGCUGUGGGGCAGAAGGGUCAUAGAAACCAUAGGGGAAGAUUUAACCACCAUCACUCCAUCCACAGGUUUCACCAUUGAAAUAGGGUCAGCUUUCACAGUAUUGCUAGCAAGCAAAAUAGGAAUACCGAUUUCUACAACGCACUGUAAAGUCGGCUCUGUUGUUUUCGUCGGAUAUUUCAGCUCAUCAAAAAAAGGCGUCGACUGGAGUUUAUUCAGGAACAUCAUAUCGGCUUGGUUGAUAACGGUUCCGAUAGCAGCUCUUCUCUCAGCCGGUACCAUGUUGUUGUUUAGUUAUAUAGUUUUACCGAUGUUCCACUAGAGGGAACUGUUGUGUGAAAUUAUAUUGUCGUUAUAGCUCCCUUAGCAUUGAAAUAAUAAGAAAAACUAGCGGUGAUCGUAUUUUCCAUCAGUUUUACAAGACCAUGUCUUUUCUAAACUCAUUUAUUGAUUUCAUGGUUACGAAAUUAUUUUUUGGUACGCCUAUGAUUGAGCAUAUUAUUGAAUUAUAUUCGUCGAUUAUUUUAUAGUAUCGCAUUCCAAAUGUAUAUUUUUGAUAAAAUCAUUAGGUGAAGUUGAUUGAAUGUUACAAAAUCUAUUUAUUGUACGUUAAAAUGUUUUUGAUGCAUCCAAAUACAUUUCUUUUUAUGAACAA